AAGCGAAACGUCAACGCCGGAUUUUGCUCCACCAUCGCACUCGUCGUUCGUCGUCGCCUCGGACAGAAGAGCCCCAGAAGUACGGGAGAAAUAUAAUCGCGUAGUGCACCACGUUGUUCGUGUGUUCCGCAAUGGCCGAUCUGGACGAUUUUUUCGCGAAAAAGGAUCGCAAAAAGAAGGGCACGGUGAAAAAGUUUGCCACUCCGGAAGAGAUGGCCAAAGUCAUCGAGGACACAACGAAGAAAGCCACCGAGGUGAAGCCCCGGAAGGUGACCCCGGCAGCGGUGGUAGGUUCGUCGACGUCGGGUGGUGAUGGCGCCGCCGCCGAAGGCAGUGGUGAGCAGAAGGCCGCCCCGGCACCGGUCGUCGAGGAAGAGUGGAAGGAGUUCGAGGAGGAACGGAAAGACUACAGUGGCCUGAAGCUGACGCAGCUGAACAUUACGGAAGAGGAAUACCAGCAGGGACAUUACGGUGGUGACGAUGGUGGCGCUACGCCUAGGGAAAAUGACGGCGAACGAACCGGAGCGGACCGAGCGGAACAGAAGGCGGGUGCUGCAUGGAAGAAACCAGGUGCCGAAGGCGGCGACCAACAGCAGCAACAAACCGCGGCGGCAGCAUUGGCCGCAGCUCCUCGAGCCGCGUCCAGCUUGUACGUGUCCCCGGCCAUGAAGAACCUCCGCGUCAAGGGCAAAAAGGGAGUCGCACCCGAUCUGAAGAACGAGGAAUUCUUCCCAACGCUCGGCACCGAACAGCCCGAUCCGACCAAGAGCAAAAAGGACGGAACCUUCGAGGAAGUGAAACACGGUGGCCGCGUCCGGCCGUCGGACAUGCCCUCGGCAGCGCCACUCUCCGUCAGGAACCAGUUUACCACGCUCAGCAACGACAGCUAGACGACGAGUGGGCGGACGGACGGACGAACGGUGGUGGUGGCGCUCCCGGAAUCACACAGACACACACAACCACAGAUUCGGCCACAACUUUCUUCUUCCGGCGCGCUGCUGCUAGCAUCCUAGGUUUCGUAUUUGUUUCCUUUUAAUAUCAACAAUCUUCUUUUUACCGGCGCUCGUGCUCUACACACAGACUGCUCAUAAUUACAGAAUAUAUUAAAACAAAAAAAACGAUAGAGGACGACAGACUAAAACAGUGAGAGUGAACGUCGUUGAAAGUGUCUCCUCCGUGGGCCACGAAACGGUUCCGAUUCCAGAUUGGUGUACUGUUAUUAUUUCUC